UUACGUUCACUCAAACUUCUCAUUUUCUUAAUCCCCACUACAUAACCUCGCAACCGCUACAUCAUCAAUAUUUACCAUCAUCUUCUCAUCUUUCUUCUCUUUUUCCCCAAGAAAAAUAUCAAUGGAAAUGCGAAAUUACCAUUAUUUGAUAACAUUUGCACUAUUAUUGCAUCAAUCAUAUGCUAUGCAAUAUAUAGUAGGGGACUCUAUUUGGACUAUCCCUCCUAUGAAUAACUUCUACACCAACUGGUCUUCUUCCCAAGUUUUCUUCCCUGGAGAUACUCUUUAUUUUGACUUUGAUCCAGAACUUUACAAUGUGAUACAAGUAUCAAGAAGAGAAUACGGACUUUGCACUGCUAAUCACCCUUACAAGGUUUACACAGAUGGUCCAGCCAACAUUACUUUGAUGGAGCCAGGGGUUUUUUACUAUAUGUGUAGCAUCUUAAACUACUGUGCUUUAGGCCAGAAAUUGAGUGUCACUGUCCUUCAAAACUACUCAUCCAACUCCGCACCAUCGCCUAAUUCGCCUUCGCCUCCCCCGGGUUAGCCUGCCACCUUUUGUUGGCAGGGACGGAUAUAGAGUGUAAUGUAUGGAUUCAGCAAACUCAGUAGCUAAUUAAAGUAAGAUCUAUGUAUGUGUUAAGAAAUUCAUAAAAUAUGAAUAAAUAUAUCAAAUUCCAAACCUAA